AAACGCCACAGCAGCAACACUGAAGGCAUGCCGCCAGAAAGGAACAAGAGUCAAACUCUCGGUUCAGAGAGCAGCCUUGAUGAAGGGGGAGUGUUUGACUGUCUGAAGCCAGACUCUCCUACAUCGCCCCAGCAGCUCUUCCCUGGUCUGGUGGGUGUCUCUGCUGGGAACGUGUCCUCAGCUCCUUUCCAGGCUGCAGGGCUGGUUCUGGGUUCUCCAUCUGAUGUCUUCAUCCAGAUGGCGUCCUCAUCGAGGGACGAAGGUUCUCACCGGACGGAGAACCCACAUUAUCUCCCUCGCCCUCCUCAGCACCAUCAUCACCAUCAUCAUCAUCACUCCGGCCAGCACCGCUCUUCUCUCCUGCAUGCGGCCACCUCUGCUGAGAGACACGGGAGCAGAGAUGACGGAAGUGAUGAUGCCUCUACACCAGCUCCUGCGCUCUCUGAGCUCAAGGCCGUGGUCACAUGGCUUCAGAGAGGAUUCCCUUUUAUCCUCAUUCUCCUCGCUAAAGUCUGCUUUCAGCACAAGCUAGGAAUCGCUGUUUGCGUUGGAAUGAUCAGCACAUUUGCCUUUGCUAACUCAACGCUGAAGCAUCAGGUGGCAUUGCGGGAGGAGAGGUCUGUGUUUACCACCCUUUGGAUUAUGAUCUUUCUCGCUGGCAACAUUGUGUAUGUGUAUUACACGUUCAGUGCAGAGGAACUUCACAACAGCAUUUUCUUGAGUGUCACAUGGUUCUUUCUGAAAUAUUUCACCAUCGAGCUUAAAUGUCUCAUUCUGUUCCUGCCUAAAAUGAUCCUCGCUUUCAAGUCCAGGGGGAAGUUUUAUCUGCUCAUAGAGGAGCUGAGUCAACUCUUCAGAGCUUUGGUUCCCAUCCAGCUGUGGUACAAGUACAUCAUGGGUGAAGAUCCAUCCAGCAGCUACUUCCUCGGAGCAAUGCUGAUUAUCAUCUACAGUCUUUGUAAGUCAUUUGAUUUGUGUGGAAGAAUAUCUGGUAUUCGGAAAGCAUUCAUCAUUCUCUGUAGCUCACAGAGUUACGGUACGAGAGCCAGUGCUCAGCAGUGCAGUGAGGCCGGGGAUGUGUGUGCCAUCUGCCAGACUGAGUUCAGAGAGCCAAUCGCACUGCUCUGUCAGCAUGUGUUCUGUGAGGAGUGUUUAUGCCUGUGGUUUGACCGUGAGAGAACGUGUCCGUUGUGUCGCUCAGCGGUGGUCGAAACUCCGCGCAACUGGAAGGACGGCACAACGUCGGCACACUUUCAGAUCUACUGAAUGGGGACCCAGCUGAUUGAUGAAGGUUUUCAGCUCCACUAGAAUCAGAUAAAACAUGCAUAAAAGGUUCCUGUUUGUAAUGUUGUAUAAUGGGAAGGGUGACAAUAUGUUACGUCAUUGAAUGUAAUGUACAAUUGCACUAUUACAUUAUACACUAUAACAU